AUGACGACGGCAGAGGGCCUCGCUGUUUUUGAUGUGGCUAUGUUCGCAUUGAAACAAGUUGAUUUUUCCUAUCGCCCAUUGGCUGUAGGAUCUUCUAAUCAUGACUCCCGUAUUGAUACUCUUAUUCAACAACUUGACCAAUCCAUGAACUUUAUUGCUAGUACAACAAAUAGCACCACUGCUGGUAGUAAUACAUCUGCAAUCAAAAAGCCCGCUUUCAAGCAGAGUGUUAUGUUUGUUUAUAACGCUGAAUCAUUGGAUGCCGAUUCUGACGAUGAUUAUGAUGAUGAUACUUUAUCAACUUCUUCAACAUCUUCAUCCGAUGAUGAGUCUGCAACAUCUUUAGAAUUAUCACGGGCAAUUAGAACAGGCUUCACUGGCAUUAUUGAUUUUGAGAAGAACGAAAUGAUGAUCUACCCACCUUCUCAUUCUACAUACUUACACAAGGAUAGCAUUAUCAAUUUAAUGGAUAUUGCUGAAAGUAUUUGUUGUUCAACCAUCUACAUUUGUAUGGAGAAGAAUCAUCCUGAAGUGAAGGAAUUUGCUCGCGGAUUCAUUUAUGCUGGAUUUCAACUUGUUCAACCAAGCAUUAAGAAGUUGAAUCCUACCGAAUGGGUUUUGUUUGGAGCUGAGUUGUAA